ACGUCGAAAGUAUCUAGUAGUAUCAGGUUCAGGCGUUGGCGAUGCGAAUGGAAUUAUGGAAGUGAUUUGAUUGCGACGGUCACAAUACAGCACAGCAGCAUUUCAUUUUCAACAAACACAAAUUGAAAAAUUAUAUUUCAUAUCACCUUCUUGUAAUUAAUUACCGAUAUAUCUACCACCAUAAACUGUACUGAAGAAGAGGAAGCUUUUUUAAAGAUAAUCAAAGGAGGAAAGAAGUUGUCUGAAGCAAAUUUAGAAUGGCAAAUUUGUCCUAUUUUGUUGAGAUGGAAGAGAGGAUCUUAAAAAAUCCAUUGAAUGAGCUCUGCCCUGAGCGAUUGCGGAAAAUUGGAAAUGAUUUCUUUAUGAAGAAUGAGUACUGGAAAGCGAUUUCCUGCUUCACCAAGAGCUUGGCAAGAUCUCCAGCUGGCAGUCGGUUGCGAGGACUCGCAUACGCCAACCGGAGCGCUGUCCUUCUGUCCUUGGGCCACUACAAAGAAUGCCUGGCUGACGCUCAGACUGCCCUUGCCAAUGAUUAUCCCCAAGAGACCGCUUAUAAACUUUAUUUACGGAUGGGAUUGUGCAAGAAGAUGAUGGGCAUGACGACCGAGGCUGAAGAAGAUUUCCAGUUGUCCAUUAAAAUGGUUGAAGAUCUUGGGAUUGAGGAGGAAAAAGAGCUGAAAGAAGAGUGUCUGAAGCAGUUCACUGGCAAGCAUAAGCCGGUCAUUCCUCAAGUUUAUGGAGAGUACUUGAAACCUCCUAAACUGAAUUAUGGCAAAAACCCUUUGGAGCCCAAGAUUUCUUCUGCUUUGCUCAAACUAAAAGAUCGACAUGCGCUUGUUGCAAAAAAUAGCAUUAAAAUUGGUGAUGUCCUUGUCAUUGAGGAACCUUUGUCGUAUGGUACACAUUUCGGCGGUGGGUUUUGUGUAACAAUUUGGAUUUACUGUAGCGAGUGCUUCAAAAUGUGCUUGAAUCUGGCUCCCUGUUCUUCAUGCUCAUGGGCAUGUUACUGCAGUGAAGACUGCUCGAAGACGGCUUGGGAGAAAUACCACAAAACGGAAUGUGCUGCUAUGGACAGCGUGUUGAAAAAGCUGAUUGAGGACAAUGACAACCGCCUUCCUCCUAUCUAUAUUUUUGUAGUCCAAUCAUUUAUGAUAAUUGCCGCUUUUGGAUUGGAAAACUGCAUUGCAUCAUACCAAAAUGAAGAGAUUUCAGAAAAUGCAACUAUAAUGGUCAAAGAAUUUUUGAAAGCAAGAGCUAAUGUUGCAAGGGUUUCUAGCCAAUUGACCUUUGAACUAGUAGCUGAGAGUUUAAAGCUGAGUGGGGAAAGGAAAAAGAGCUUGAUAUCCUUCUUGAGAACCGCAGCUAGCAAAGUAUUUUGGCUGAGAGGCAUUUCUCAAGUUAGUGGACGUUGCAGAAGUCCUGUGGCCUUGGAUGUAUCGUUAAAUCCUAUUGGGAUUGGUUAUUACCAUAUGCUUGGACUCAUUGACUUGUCUUGCGACCCCAAUGUGUGCGCCACUUAUUAUCAGAAGACUCUGGUGCUCAGGGCUCAGAGGCCAAUCAAAGAAGGGGAAAAGUUGUACAUGUCUCAUGACAUUGACUUCAAUUACAAACCACUAGUCAACAGACAACAGCUCAUGUUGCAAAAUCUUGGUAUUCAAUGUCAAUGUGCUGCAUGUAUUGGGGACUGGCGCAUGCUGCCUCACCAACCUUUUUGUCAUGACCAAUCAUUGCAAAAUUCUUCUCUUAUUAAGAGAUUCAUGAACUUUGACUUCAAUUCUGCUCUGCGAGCUGUUAAGCCUACAUUUCCCAUGUCAAACCUAACCAUUGACAGGUACAAAAACUGUGUCAAGAUCCGAAACCAUUAUGGGGAAGGAAGAAGAGAUGAUCAUGUGUACAAGAUCACUGGCGACUUCUUGCAGGUGUACUUUGCUUCCUCAGCUAUGAGAUUUUCUGUCAGCUCUCCGAGAGAUAAUGUAGAUCGCUCAUGUUUGGUUCCACUGGUACCUCGUUAACUGCCAUACCUAAGCCUGGUUUUGUAUUUUUAUUAAAACCCAAUAAAUUUCAUUCAAAAUUAAAUUUUCUUUUUGUAGCUUUAUACAUUUUUGUGACAAAAAUUAAUGUUGUUCAACGCGUAGUCUAAAUGUGGUGUUGCUAGCACAAGACGAAAAUAAAAACAAUAAAUAAAUAUUUUA